GUCAGUACCCAUCUCCUCUCCACACAUCAUUUGUUGCUCUCCAGCAGUCCGAGGACUGGGCUCCAACCCAGCGCCCUGACGGAGGAGGACGCACUCCCAGGGAUCACAGAUGGACUGGCUCACACCUGAGAUGUGAAGUGUGUUAUGUGAUCCAAGGUGUUUUCCCACCUCGCUGGUGGUGGGGAGAGAUGCUGCACUCCGUUGCCAUGACAGCAGAAGUUCUCUUUGUUCUUGGGUUCCUGAUGAGCAGCACUCUGUCGAAUCCUAUAGCGACCUUGCCAGUGAGCCGAGAACGUCUGGAAAGGGUGUUGACCCAAGCCAGCGAGGACAAACAGCAGGACAAGCAGGCCCGGGAGGAGCCGCUGGGAUAUGGCGCUCAGCAGCGGCCGAGGGAAAUCAAUAAUUUGAGCCCCAACGAGACUUCGGUGAGUCGCACCAGCACAUACCCCAACGUCCAGACACGAGGAUCUAAGGGCGGGAACUCCCAGGAGCUGUGGAGUGACCAGGACAACCUGAACCAAGUGGACGAGGGUCCCACCAGUGACGUCACCCUCUCCCUGGAUGCUAUCGACGAGUACGCCUACCCAGACUACAGAGGGAAAGGCUGCAUGGACGAGAGCGGCUUUGUGUUCGCCAUCGGUGAGCAGUUCACGCCGGGCCCUUCCACGUGCCCUUGCCUCUGCACAGACGAGGGCCCCAUGUGCACCAAUCCAGAAUGUCCCAAGGUUCAUCCUCGAUGCAUUAAAGUGGACACUAGCCAGUGCUGCCCACUGUGCAAGGAGAAAAAGAACUACUGCGAGUUCCGAGGCAAGAUCUACACCUCACUGGAGGAGUUUAAGGUGUCUCCAUGUGAGAAGUGCCGAUGCGAGCCAAGUGGAGAGGUGUUGUGCUCGGUGGCAGCCUGCCCUCAGACUGAGUGCGUGGACCCGGAGUACGAGCCGGACCAGUGCUGCCCCAUCUGCAAGACCGGACCAAACUGCUACGCGGACACAGCAGUCAUACCAGCCGGCCGAGAGGUGAAGAUUGAUGAGUGUACAAUCUGCUACUGCACAUACGAGGAGGGCACAUGGCAGAUUGAGCGUCAGGCCACCUGCAGUAAGAACGAGUGCCAGCGGAGCUAGAGAAUGGCACGCUGAGAGAGGACAUUGGCACACAUCACCAGCGCCAGUCCGCAUGUAAACUCUCGGCCUUUCACCCAGUCUACAGGACAUCAGGGUCGGACAGCAGCCCUCGAGCAAUUCAGCAUUUAUACUGUAGUCACUCCUGCAUUACAGAACAAGAUGCUUUUAUGAAAGUUUAUAAUCCACACACAGAAUAUCUAUUUAUCUAUGUAUUAAAUUAUUUACGAGUAUAUACAAAUAUAGGGGUCAUUAAUGCUUCACUAGUGAAAACAUAUUUUUUAUAGCCUCUGUAUUUUAAUAAGCAACGUAUUGGACCAGAGGUCAAUAAAACAAUAGAAUGUAUAGAACACACACUGCUGUCUUUGAAGGUGAAAACCUCAACAUGUCGACAUGUGGCGUCAUCCAACAAUCCUGACACCUGCCCCUCUACCACCAAAGUGCACACUAGACUUGUGCGAUCGGUUUCAGAACGACGGGUAAAGAUUUGCUGUGCGGGGACUCUAAAAAAUUCAAAGACAUACAGGAGACUUGAAGAGAAUCAGUUUCCUGAUUUCUUAUCUUUUUUGGAUGUUCAAAUGUAUUUUGAUUUGAAAGUGCUUUUUUGUAUUUCUCUUGGUACCGUGUGUUGAUGUUUCAA